AUGCCAGCGAUGGAUCAGUUACACGGAUACGCGGUUCAGUAUGGCGUUCUGGUCCAGAGUCAGGUGAAGACUAUGCCCUUGUUUACUGGGUUGAUGUUGGCCGCGAUGGUUGGUUUGUGGGUGUUGGGGUUGUUUACGGGGAUUACGGAGUUGUUUUGGUUACAGCCGAGUGAACUGUUGAAGUUUCAAAUGCAUCGAAUGAACACGUAUCCCCUGGUACAUUUGGGUAUCCUACAUCUGUUACUGAAUAUGUUCCCCCUCGUCCCUUUACUGUCCCACUUUGAGAGACAGAAUGGUACAUUGGUCACCGCGAGUAUCUUUUUCGGGAUGUUUGAGAUUAUUCCGACGGUAUUCUAUGUGGUCACGGAGUACUUUAUGUUGGGUAACGACUGGGCAGUAGCAGGUUCGAGUGGCUGGGUAUUCACUCUCCUCGCCAUCGAAGCCGUCCAAAACGCCGCCAUCCGCCCACAAAUCACGGGUUACGGAUUCUCCAUCCCAACCCAAUCAACACCCUUCCUCAUCCUCAUCGUCACCUGGAUCAUCAUCCCAUCCUCCUCAUUCCUCGGACACGUCGGUGGAUUAUUGGUCGGAUACCUCUUCGCCUACGGUUUACUGGGCUGGAGUAUCCCCAAAGCCUGGAUCCUGAAAUGGAUCGAGACAAAGGGCGAAAAAUUCGGUAUCCUUCAACGACUACCAAACUACGUCAAGUCCGACGAAGCUACAGCCUCCCCUUUCACCCUCCCCUCCUACCACCCCUCGCCCGCAUCCUCAUCAGCUUCAAACUCGGAUCAGCAGGGACGACCAGGGCAUACGAUCGUCAACGGAGUCAUUGGGAAUAUGGCUGAGGCACAGGCUAGUAGCGGGAGUUUGAGUGUUGCAGGGGAGACGAGGCCGCGAGCGAGUAGUCGGGCGACGAGUUCGUUUCAGGGGCAGGGAUAUCGGUUGGUUGCGGAGAAUGAGCAGUUAUAG